AUGCUGUGUUGCCAAGCGCAUGAAAAUGGCUGCCGAGCAAAACAAGACAAAGAGCUCAGAGAAGAGGUAGCUCAGAGGAGAGCGAGCUUGAAGAAGCAUAAGGAAGAGACAGGUGAGGGUGAAGAUAGCUCCGGGGGAGGGGACGAGCACUGCUUGUGCACUGGAUCUCUCUUUCGCUUGUCUGCACUGGGUUUUGCCCUCGCGCUGCUCUGUGUGCUUGCUGCCGUGCUUGCACGUGGCAGGUCCAAGUACAUCUUGUGUCGUAAGACUUUCCUGGAGGUGGUUCCCAGCAGCUGCUGGUUCCCCACGGUGCGGCGUUCGAAAAGCUGCACGGCGCUGGGUGACUGCCUGGUGGAGACCGUGGCAGACACAAGGGCAGAUGACCUCUUACGGCGACUGGCCUGUUCCUUUGCGUGGGAAUCCGACUGGCCUGAAGGCAUUUCCAGUGGCAGCCUGGGGCAUCCUUUCCUAUGCAAAGCUCCGUGCAUCCGGGCGGUUCAUGGAACUUGCAUGAAGGGCCCCAGGUGCGAGUUCUGCCAUUUGGAGCACAACCAUCCGAAGCGCAAACUACGUCGACAGGAAAGGCAGCGAUUGGAGGAGAUGCCAGAACUGCUGGUUCUGCUGAUCCUCCAUUGGCACAUCCAGCGCCACGUCACCAAUCUCCGCCUUGAAGAUGAUUUGCAACUUGUGUUGGCAGUGUUGGAACGACGUGUGAAGUUGCUGCGCGAGGCUCGGCGACCCACACAUGCUGAGUUGCGUUGGGCUAUGGAGAACCUGUGGACCUUGCGUGGUUUCUCCCUUGGCCGCCUGUUUGACGCUUUCCAGCUUUGGCCUCAAGUGGAUUCCGACUUCAAACGUGAAGUGAAGUUCUUAGUAGACAGCGCGCGCAAGGGAAUGGCCACGCCACGUGCGGCAUGA